AUGCUUACUAAAUGCUACGCUUCUGACCAAGCGUACGAUGUUGAAAAGCAUCCAUUGCUAAAAUGUUUUACAGGUAUUCUGUCACUUGAAAAUCACCAAGUCCGUACAUUGACCGUGACUCAGUUAACUAAACAAAUUGAAUUUUGUUCACCAUCAGCAAUAAAAACGUUAACUGAUCGAAAAGAUGAAGCUUUCAACGAGUACGAUCGUGAUCAGCAAAACCAGUCGAAGCAGGAAGCAUAUUUCGAAGCGAAGCGGUUGUUCGCUGGUAAUACUUUUGGAAUCGAACACUUGAGGCGAGAGAUAUGUCAUUUGUACACCAGCAAUCCGACACGAUAUGAAAGUUAUCCGGCGUUGGCCGCAAAACAUCUAAUCGACGGUUUCGCAUUAGAAUUGUUAGACGGCGACGCCGGUAUGCUGGAGAAUACACGGAUUAGAGCCGUACUUUUACAAAUCGAACAACAACUGAUGGAACAGCAUAGUUUAGAGUUGAUGAAUCGAACAAUUCGAAUAUUCAUUCUCAGCAUACUAGGCGGACAAAGCACGGGUAAAUCUACUCUGUUGAAUUUGAUGUUUGGCACACACCUUCAUACAAGUGCAGGAAUGUGUACACGAGGCGUCAAUAUGCAGCUACUAAAAGCGGAAAACCGAGAAGAAUACGACUAUAUUUUGAUACUGGAUACCGAAGGUAUUCGUGCUCCCGAACACACUGGCUCUGCAGAUUCAACGUGGCGAGAUAAUCAUAUGGCCACAUUCGCCGUCUUACCCGCUAAUGCGACGAUUAUUUUGAUCAACAGUGAAGAUGAUAGUGCCGCACGCAAAGUGCUGCCAACGGUCAUGUUAGCCUAUCAACAAAGUAAACUUACGGCAUCAUCAACAGUUCAAUUGAGUAGUCGAAUAUUUUUUGUGUAUACACGAGUUGACAUGAACGAUACGAAAAAACUUGUAAACAACAUCCAAGCAAUGUUUAUCGAUUUAAAAAACAAUGCCAGUAAAUUGCAAGACGGCAGAAAUCAAGACGACCAAAAUAUAAAUCGCAUGUUGUUUUGUGAUUUCCGUGUCAAAGCCGAAAAUGUCGUCUGGAUUAGGCGGAGAUUACUGGAAAUUCCAGAAGCAUAUAAUUAUCGAGAAUUAGUGUAUGAAUCUUGCUCGAACAGUGCUGCUGCCGGUAAUCUAUUCUCAUCAAAUGGUGAAUUUUAUCCAUAUGAGAAAUUUGCUGAAUAUUACCCUUGGUUAACACAUCGUGCAACAAUCGAAGCUACGCAUGAAGUGCGACAAUAG